AGUUAAAAAACAAAUAAGUGGAUGGAUCAAGAGGACUUGAUGAAAAGUUCUAUUGAACCCCUUCUCACUCCAAACGCAGAAAAUGGCAGUCAUAAUGCUACCAAUUACAAAUAUUUCUGUUGCAAACCAGAGAUAAUCGCAGAACUGAAGAAGCAAAUAAUCUUAGCAGGACCUCUAGUACUUGUCAGUUUCUUACAAUACAGUCUACAGAUGAUAUCUGUAAUGUUUGUGGGUCGUCUUGGUGAGCUCUCUCUCUCAAGUGCUUCAAUGGCUACUUCAUUUGCUGGAGUUACUGCUUUUGGUUUUAUGCUCGGAAUGGGAAGUGCACUAGAGACGUUGUGCGGGCAAGCCUACGGUGCGAAACAGUAUCAUAUGCUUGGCGUACACAUGCAAAGAGCAAUGCUAGUUCUUUCACUUACGAGCAUUCCUAUAUCAUUUGUUUUGGCCAAUACAGAUAAGAUUUUCAAAAUUCUAAAACAAGACCCACAAAUUUCACUCCAGUCAGGAAUAUAUGCACGAUGUUUAAUUCCUGCAAUCGUUCCAUAUGGUCUUCUUCAGUGCCAACUAAGAUUCCUACAAACCCAGAGCAAUAUUUUGCCAUUAGUGUUAAGUACUGGCGUCACAAGUUUAGUCCAUGUUUUUCUAUCUUGGACAUUCAUCUUUCGAUUGCAAUUAGGCAAUAUAGGGGCUGCUUUGUCUGUUGCUGUCUCUUAUUGGAUCAAUGUGCUUAUUCUUGCAAUGUACAUCAAGCUUUCUCCUACAUGUCAAAAGACUUGGACAGGUUUUUGUUCAGAAGGAGCUAAAAAUCUGCUUAGUUUUCUUAAGUUAGGAAUACCUUCAGCUCUAAUGGUUUGCUUGGAAUUCUGGUCAUAUGAGUUUUUAGUUUUUAUGUCAGGUCUGCUUCCCAAUCCAAAACUAGAAUUGUCAGUGAUGUCCAUUAGCCUGACAACAAGUUCUUUAAUAUUCAGAAUCCCAUAUGGUUUUAGCAGUGCUGUCAGCACAAGAGUUUCGAACGAAUUAGGUGCUGGAAGACCUGAUGCUGCGUAUUUGGCAGUAAAAGUUGUGAUACUAUUGGCAGUGACGGAGGGAUUGUCACUCAGUUUAAUUUUAGUUACGGCGAGAAACGUUUGGGGGUACUUGUACACCAAUGAAACACAAGUAGUGACAUAUUUAGCAUCUGCAAUGCCAGUGCUUGCCACAUCCAAUUUCAUGGAUGGGAUGCAGGCUGUAGCUUCAGGUACUGCUAGAGGUUGUGGUUGGCAAAAGAUUGGUGCUUAUGUAAACUUUGGAGCUUAUUACUUUGUAGGGCUUCCUUGUGCUAUAGUAUUAACAUUUGUCUUCCAUUGUCGAGGAAAGGGACUUUGGAUGGGAAUAACAUGUGGAAGUUUCUUGCAAGCAAUUUUGCUAUUAGCCAUUACGAUGCACACGAAUUGGGAGCAGGAAGCAAAGAAGGCUAGGGACAGGGUAUAUGGUUUCAAUAUCCCAACAGACACGACACAACAACUAGUUUAGUGAGUGAGCAAGAGCUCAAGACGUUUUGAAAGCUAAUUCAGUGAAUCCUGAAAACGCAUUUUUCUAAUUUGAUGUAAUGGUCUGCAAUCCCUUCUAAACGUUUCUUGGGGAAUCAUGACCCAAGAACUAGCCAUCACCGCUUGCAUGGUUAAUUUGAUGCAAUGGCCUGUUAUAAAUGACAGUGGUUCAUAAAUAUGAAGUGACUCCAAAUGAGGGCCCUCGGUUUGUCUUGUAAAACAAUUAAUAGGCUGUUUUUUAGUGUAACUACCUAAAUGGCCCAAUAAAUGAGUUUGAAUUCAAAGUAA